AUGGACGAGGCGGAGGAGAUGCAGGUGGAGAGGCUGCAAGAGGAGGCCGACGCGGGGGGCGCCGACACGGACAAGCUCAGCUACGAGAUAUUUUCCAUCCUCGAGAGCAAGUUCCUGUUCGGCUACACCGACCCGCACCAGCUCUGGCUGCCCAAGCCGGCGGCGCCGCAGGCGUCCGCCGCGGCGCCGGGUAAGGCGGCGGCGCAGCGGGGGAAGGUCUGCGUGCUCUGCGUGGACGGCGGCGGGGGCGGCCUGCGGGCGCUGCUGGCCGGCCGCGCGCUGGCGCACCUGGAGUCCGCGCUCCACCGCGCGUCGGGGGACCCUGACGCCCGCGUCGCCGACUACUUCGACCUCGCCGCGGGCACCGGCGCGGGGGGCGUGUUCGCCGCGAUGCUCUUCUCCACGCACUCGCGCGCCGCGCCGCUGUUCCACGCCGACGACACGUGGCGCCUCGUGGCGGACCACGCGCCGCGCAUGUUCCACAGGCCCGCGAGCUCCUCGUCCACGUCCCUGUUCUGCCGCGGCAAGAAGCGGCCCCUGGCCACGCCCACGGCGGCGCUUGAGGCGGCCAUGAAGUCUGCGUUCGGCGAGGAGCUCACCCUGCGGGACACCAUCAAGCCCGUGCUCAUCUCUUGCUACGACCUCAAGACGUCGGCGCCGCUGGUGUUCUCGCGCGCCGACGCCCUGGAGAACGAGAGCUACGACUUCCGCCUCUGCGAGGUCGGGCGCGCCGCGUGGUCCGAGGCCGGCCGCUUCGAGCCCGCCGAGGUGGCGUCGGUGGACGGCGCCACGUCCUGCGCCGCUGUAGACGGCGGGCCCACCAUGGGCAGCCCGGCGGCCGCCGCCAUCACGCACGUGCUCCACAACAAGCACGAGUUCCCGUUCGUGCGCGGGGUCGAGGACCUCCUCGUGCUCUCCAUCGGCGGCUGCUCUGGCGGAGGCUCCGGUGCCGCUGGCGAGGCGGAACUCCGACCCAUGCGUCGGUGGGGUCCUAAGGAGUGGGCGCGCCCCAUCGCCCGUAUUGCUGCCGACGGCGCCGCCGACCUGGUCGACCACGCCGUGGCGCGCGCCUUUGGGCAAUGCCGCUCCUCCAACUACCUGCGCAUCCAGGCGAAACGGGAGAGCAUGCCGCCGUGCGGUCCGGACGGGGAGUACGACCCGACCCCAGGGAACGUGCGCGCGCUACUCGCGGCGGCGGACGAGAUGCUCAAGCAGCGGAACGUGGAAUCGGUGCUGUUCGAGGGGAGGCGAGUCGGGGAGCAGACGAACGCGGAGAAGCUGGACUGGUUCGCGGCCGAGCUCGUCGCCGAGCACCGCAGCAGAGGGUCCCGGAUCGCACCCACCGUUGCGUUCAAGCAGGCGCCGCAGAAGCCGUCGGCGCUGGACUGA